CGAAUAAAUAAUGUGUAUUCCUAAGAGUUCACACUGAGGGCUAUUCAGCCGGGUUCCAGUCAGUGCUGUAACUGUAACCUCAAUCUUUACCGGUGGCAUUUGUUUGUUGUUUAUAAUUUUGUUCCUGGCUAAAAAUCCCAGAGAUGGAUGGUAAUUCAGCUAAACGACCCAAUGAUUUGCCUACGAAAAAUUGUCAGUAUGGUAAGAAUUGUUACCGGAAGAAUCCUGCUCAUUUUGCUGAGUACAAUCACAUCCACUUGGAGUCAAUCAUUAGAAGUCACUCAGAUGGAGAAUACACCAUUCCUGAUGAAUUUUCCCUGACCAAAGAUCUCAUAUUGGAACAGAUAGAGAUUGUCAUAAAACUCUUCCCUCAUCUCUCACUCCAACCUCAGAGGAAGGUGCAAAAAAUGGAGGAGGAUUUGGAAAAAGUCAGUGAGAAGCCCAAAAAGGAGGAGGAACCAAAAUUACCAGAAGCUGGAUGUAGCAAGGAUACUGAGAAGAGAAUUUCUCCUCCGAAAGAACAAACCAAACCAACAAGGAAUAUCCAUGACUACAUUAAAGUUGUCUUGCCAAAAGGAAAAAUGGCAGAGAAACUCAAAGCUGCAGCUCCUUACAAUUUUUUCCUGACCACAAUUACAGAUUCCCCAAAUACUCAUACAGAGAGUCUUUCGAUCACCCUACAGGAAAUUCUGGACAAGAGUCUUGGGGACUUGGAGUGUUCUCUCCAGAUAAAUUUCAUGGUGGAUAUUGGAUGGCUUCUUGGACAUUACUAUUUUGCUGGAUAUGAUCAGAAGCCAUUGAUUAUCUUGUAUGGUGAUGAAACUCCUGAUCUGCUCAAUAUCUCCAAGGUUCGACCAAAUGUUCAGGCCAUGAAGGUCCCAAUGUCUGGUCCUUUUGGGAUUCAUCACACAAAAAUGAUGCUUCUGGGAUAUACAGAUGGCUCCAUGCGAGUCGUCAUUUCUACGGCAAAUCUCUAUGAAGAUGACUGGCACAAUCGAACUCAGGGUUUAUGGAUCAGUCCAAAACUUCCUGCAAUUCCAGAUGCCAGUGAUACAGCCUUCGGAGAGAGUCCCACAAAUUUCCGGGAAGAUCUCCUGAAGUACUUAAUGGCUUACAACAAUCCCAAGAUUCAGAAUUGGAUCACACGGGUGAGAAAGUCCAAUUUUUCAGAAGUCAAUGUCUUUCUCGUAGCAUCAGUUCCAGGAGGUCACAGGAGCACUCCCAAGGGUCCAAUUUGGGGACAUCCCCGCGUAGGACAUUUACUAACUCAGCAUUCAAGCAAAGUCGACGAAUCCUGCCCAAUUGUCGGUCAGAGUUCAAGUAUUGGAAGUUUGGGUGUUUCCGUGGGUUCAUGGAUUCUCGGGGAAUGGGGAAUCAACUUCCGGAAAGAUUCUGCACCAGCAGGAUUGCGUCGUAUGCCCCAUUUCCGCAUGAUCUAUCCGAGUUUCACCAAUGUCAAAAACAGUCACGAUGACCUCCUUGGAGGUGGAUGCCUUCCCUACCAAAGGAACACCAAUGACAAACAGCCCUGGCUCAAGAAUCACCUUCACCAAUGGAAAUCCAAUAAACGUCACAGAUCCCAAGCAAUGCCUCACAUCAAGACCUACUGUCGCUGGUCAGAUCGAGGACUCCACUGGUUCCUUCUCACUUCGGCCAAUCUCUCCAAAGCUGCCUGGGGUGCUUUCAACAAAAGCUCCAAAUUCGAACCUCCACUGCGAAUUAUGAACUACGAAGCUGGAGUUUUGUUCUUGCCCAAAUUUGUCACACAAACAGAUACCUUUCCACUGGAUGGUUCAUCGAUAGCCGCAAAGGUCUUCCCAAUGCCCUAUGACAUUCCCCUAACACCUUAUGGACUCGAUGACUCACCUUUCUUGAUGGAUUAUCUCCAUGAGGCUCUGAAAUAAAAAAAAAUAAAAAGAUGUCCGGUCUCAGUCAGUUUAUUAA